AUGGCGGAUUCAUACCCUCCCUUCACGACCAGACCCUCCACAAAGGCUAACACCAUACACAGAAACGAUGGUAGUAAUAACUGCACGCGUCGCUUUCUUGGUAAGUCCCUGUUUUUCACUUUCUUUCUCAUUUCAAUCCCAUUGUUCCCUUCCCAAGCUCCAGAUUUCAUCAACCAGACAGUGCUCAACAAGUUUUGGGAACUCAUACAUCUUUUGUUCAUUGGCAUUGCCGUUUCUUAUGGCUUGUUUGGUCGUAGAUCAAAUGCUGAUAAUGCUAGUCAUGAUGACUCUCACUCGUAUGCUUCUGGAAUUUCCCAUUUUUCGUCUGUUUUUGAAGAUGAUUUUGAUCAUUCCAUGUACUAUAGUGCACAGGGUAAAGCUGGUUCUUUUAAUGAUAAAAAUGGUAGCUUUGAGAACCCUUACGUGGAAAAUGUUGUUCAAGCUUGGAGUUCAAAGUAUGUUCAAGGGGAAUCCAUGGUUGUGUUGGCUCAACCCCAUUGUGAAUUGGGUUCGUUUGUAGAUCAUAAACCCUUGGGGUUGCCUGUUAGGAGCUUAAAAUCCAGGGUUGAACUUGGCAAUGGAUCAAGUGAGCUUUCUGAUACAAGUGCGGUGGAUUCAUCUGAUAGUUCUAAUAAGAGUGAAGGUGAGAAGUCUAGUGAUUUAGGGUCUGAAAGUUUGGAAGGGAAGUAUAAUGGGAGUGAUGUUUUGGGUUCUCCGAUCCCUUGGCGGUCGAUAUCUGUGAGGAUGAGACAAAGAGUUGGCGGAGGCGGCGGUGGUGCCACUCGGCCUUCCCAUUUUAGGCCUCUCUCAGUUGAUGAAACUCAAUUUCAAUCACUCAAAUCACGGUCUUUCCAUUCUGAACUCAGUCCACAUUCACCGAGCAGCUUAUCUCCCUCACAUUCUAGUACAUCGGAAUCACCGAAUUACGACGAAUUGAAGGAAUUCAGUGACAAAAAAAAGGAUGAUUCAUCAAGUGGUACUAAAGAAUGGAUUUCAGGUUAUCCCCUGAAAUUUGAUGCAAAGCCUGUGGCUCCCUCUAAAGCUUCCUCGAAACGAAAGCCGUUUCGGACCUUUAGAGGUAGUGGCUGUAUCAGAGGUGAAAGAGAGCUGAAAUUCGGACGUUAUAAUCUCUCAUCUGGGUUCAAAAGGCAGCAUCUUGAAAAUAACUCUGACAUACAAAACCCAACAUUUUCCAAGAACCAGAACCGAGAACAACCAGAGUGUUCGGGGAGUUCGAGGUCGGAGAAUUCGGAUGAAGAAACCAUGGGCGGGACUUUGAGUGUAGCCGGAAGUGAUAGUUACGAGGUUGAUAGGAAGGCUGGUGAGUUCAUAGCCAAGUUCAGAGAGCAGAUUAGGCUUCAAAGAACAACAUCAAUUGAUUCACUAAAAGGGCUCAACACAUAUGGUAAUUUUUUCAGAUGA